AUGAAUUCUAACCUAGGAGCAAAAUUCGAAAAAAAUGAAAAAGGAAACUGUAUUGUUGUGGUUACAAAGAAACAGGAUUUUGAAACACCAGCAAUGAAGAUGUACACAAUGACAAUAGCUAUUGCUGAAGAAACUCAUAAAAUUAAAAUAGCCGUCAUUAACAACGAUGACAACCCACCUGUCAUUCAACCCAACGAAAGAAAUUGCUCGGUUCAUGAAAAUUACGAAGGACUAACAAAUUGUACUUUCACAAUAACAGACGUGGAUGGCUGGAUUAAUAAAACUACUUUCAAUAUUACAUCCAUGCCAAUAAGUGGAUCUGACUAUUUUUCUGUGGAUCCUAAAACCAUUCCUGAUACUCAAUUAAAAAUGAACGCGACUCUCAGCGUUAUCAAGAGUUUGGAUUUUGAAAGUAUUGCUGUCUAUACUCUUGGAAUUACUGCAACGGAUUCUGGAAAUAAUACGACUAAUAAUUUGGUGAAUGUAGUCAGAAUUAUAGACAUGCCAGAUAUGCCACCUGUAUGGACCAGUCUCACAUCAGCUAUCACUAUUCGGGAAAAGUCUACCAAUACUUUAAGUGUUUCUGCAAUUGAUGGUGACUACGAAAUCAGCGCAAGUAUAAAUUACAAAAUCGAAGUUACAGAAGAGAAUGAUGAAAAAAUUUUUGAAGUGGAAAAGGAAACAGGUGUGAUAACGAUAAAUGAAAUCGAUCGAGAUACUCUUAAAAAAGAAAUUUUUAAAUUCACGGUCAUAGAUUAUGAAGUGGAAAAUAUAACAUCAUCAAUCAAUAGCACAAUCGUCGUUGUGGUUAAUGAUAUAAAUGAUCAUAUUCCUGAAAUCAGCCCUUCUGAUCUUUCGAUGGAUAUUCUGGAAGAAACUUAUAUGAAUCUAAAUUACUCAAAACAGAUUGUGAUUACAGAUCCUGACCUUGCAGAAAAUGCUCAGUAUGAUGUCAAACUGGAAGCUGAUCUGAAACACAAUUGGCAUUUAGCCUUCUUAAUAAUCCCUAAUAAUGGUUACCAACUUGGAAAUUUUACUAUAUCUGUCGUAAACGCAGCUCUGUUGGAUUACGAAGAUGAAAAUUGGAGAAACAUUAACAUUAAGAUAGUAGCAACAGAACGUGCAAAAUUCACUCAUAUUGGUAUGAGAGAUGUGAAAAUUAAUCUUAUAAACUGGAACGAUGAAUUACCAGUAUUUGAAAAUGAUAAUAUGUUGGUUAAUGUAGCUGAAGAUGUAGAAAAGGGAUUUCCUGUUGCAAAAGUACUUGCUAAAGACAGAGAUGUUAAUGAUACUGUCAGGUUAUUCGCAUUUAUGAUGAAAAUACUUUUUCAAGUGAAAACGAAAAUUGAAGCUAAAGAUCCUGACACUGAAGCAGAACUGAAGUUUAGCAUUGAUUGGGAUUCAUCUACUGCUUACAAAAGCAGUUCGCCAGUUAAUGAGUCUUUUUAUCGAGAGCAUCUAAUAAUUGAAACAAUGUAUCCGGAGGGUACAAAGGAAUACGCUAAAGCACUAUUAUUUGUGAAUGGAAGGAUUGACUACGAAGAAUUUGAUGUUAUGUACCUCACUGUUGUUGUUACUGAUGUAACGACAGUUCAUAAUGAAGAUUCAGUUUUAUCAUCUUUAACUUUGCUCAUUAACGACAUCAACGAUAAUCCUCCAGAAUUUGAAAAACCUGAAGAAAUGAGUGUCUUGGAAAAUCAAAAAAGUGGAAUUUUAAUAGGAAAAAUUACUGCUCUCGACUUUGAUGGGCCAGGAAAUAAUGACGUAAUAUACUUAAUAAUACCCAUUAACGGGACCAAAAAUGAAUUAGUCCAGAUCGACCCAAAAACUGGAAUUAUCAAAGUAGACGAACAUGCUAAAAUUGAAGCUGAAGCGUAUGAAUAUUUAUAUUACAACGUGUCUGCUACUGAUAGUGUCCAUAAUACUAUAUUAGCGAUUGAGAUAUACGUAAUCGAUGAAAAUGACGAAUUUCCUACCAUACCUCCAGACAGAUUUAAUUCGACAAUUCGCAUCAAGGAAAAGUCUGAAAAUGGUACAGAAGUAGUUCCUGUGCAUGCUAUUGAUAAAGACAGAACAUACGUUUAUUGCCAGUCUCUGUUAUUGAAAGCCAAGAUAGUCGUCUAUCUCAAUUCCCCAACUCCCACCACUGAUGGUCACAUGUGCCGGGUUGCGAAGGAUUUGCAAAAAACGAAGUUUGACUAUAACGGAAAUCCUAAACAGAAAACCGCAACUCAAAACCAAAAAAUCAUAUUCAUAUCGACAGAAGGACCUGAAUUUACCAAAAAUACAUUUAAUGCCGAGUUCCAUGAAAAUACUACAGGGUUAAAAGAAUUUAUUAUCAUACCUCUUGCUUAUUAUAUAAUAAAUAAGGGCAUUCAGGAUAAUUCGAAUGGUGACAUGUCGUAUUUUGAGUUGGACAAAGAAACUAGAAAUUUGACUUUGAAAAAACAACUGGAUCGUGAAGAAAAAGAUACUAUGUCUAUUAUAGUUGUCGCUACGACAAAUCACAAUGGACCUACUUCGAAUCCUCGCGAAAAAGCAAAUUUAAAUAUCACAAUUACAGUACUGGAUGUAAAUGAUAAUCCACCAAAAUUUGAAAACAAGAAUUACUUUGGAGGAGCGGCUUUAGAAGAUGCUGUUGCAAAAGUUGUUUUGACAGUAAAGGCAACUGAUGCGGAUUUGAAUGACAGUCUAUCGUAUAGCAUAAUUGAUAAAAGUUUGAACAUAUCCCACAAUUCAUUGGAAGGAAUUUCCGUACCAUUUAAACUAAAAACAUCUGCUGGAGAACUAUUACUGGAUUUUAAAAUAACAUCGUACGUGACUGGUUAUUUUAGCUUUGAUAUUUCGGUACAAGAUAUGUUGAUUUUAGUUUUGCAUGAAGAUAAGACACAUGUGAAAGUGUACAUAAUUGCACAAAAUAACCGAGUAACUUUUACCUUCAAAAACAAAAUCACAUACUUAAAUGAUAAUAGGUCGUAUGCAACCUCGAAUUUUAUUUGUAGAGCCGACAGUGACUUGGAAACUAUAACCAAUUUGAAAGCAUCUCUUUUAACGAAAAAUUUAUAUCUUGUCGAUGUGCCUGCAACAAGUUCAAUUACUGCAACUGAAGAUCUUCAUGAUGUUAUUCAAUGGCAUAUGACUCUGCUAAUGACAGAAAAACUUGACAAGCUGGCGAUCACAAAUUAUAGCUCUCAUAAUUCUGGUCUGGAUAAAAUUGGAAUUCUGCCUAAUUCGAACAAAUUUUCUCUUGAGGGUUCCAAUCCUAUGUGGAAAACAGAGCCUGUUAAUGUGGUGGAAGAUAAUAUAAGUCGAGGAAGCGGAGAUUCAGACUUGAUAGGUAUAGAAGACAAUCCAGAUUUUGACUAUGAUGAAAAUCCUAGAGCUAUAAAGAACGGAAAACUCAACACUUUCGUGCUUCCUAAUGACUCAACAGCGUUUCCAGUUGAGAACACAACACAUACAUGCGAUCCACAUACACGCAAAUGCACCACGAGAUUCGCAGAGCUCAAGAAUAUGAUAAAGGACGAUGAAUCGAUUGAAUCGGUGCAUGAUUUAAUUAUUAAAGAGAGUGUGCGAAUAAUGUUGCGCCUCCUAGCAAACACGAUUGCAAUGCCUUUAUCGCAUUAG